AUGCCGUGUUGAGGCGCUGACGUCAUAUUCCAGCGUCCUGUCCGUGUGUUUCCCUCCUGUGGCUCCGUUUGGGUUCCUGCUUGUUCCUGAGUUCUUUGUUUUUCCUACAGUUUUUCCAGAACCAGGAUUAUCCAGAGGCCAGGAUGGGACCCGUAGAGCUCCUCCACAUGUCGGUUUUCUCCCAAAGCUUUUCUCCCUGCGGCCGCUUCCUGGCGGCUGGGAACAACUAUGGAGAGAUCGCCCUGUUCAGCCUGGCUGCGGCUCUCAGUCCAGACGCCACGGCGGCCAACCAGAAGCCUGUUCUAACGUUCACAGCUCAUGAAGGUCCUGUCUUCAGUCUGCUGUCCACCGACUCCGUCCUGCUGAGCGCAGGGAACGGCGAGGUUAGCGCCUGGAACUGGACCGAACUCAUCAAGAAGAACGUGAAGCCGCUGUGGACGAAGAGGCCGAACUACAAGUCCAGUCUGGAGAUUCCAGAGAUCAACUCCAUGGCCAUCAACCCUCGAGACGACAGCCUGGCGAUCGGAGCGGGGGACAACAACGUCCACAUCCUGGACCUGGAGCAUGGCGCCUUCAAGGCGACCCUGCAGGGUCACACGGAUUACGUGCACUGCGUGUGCAUACGUGAGCGGGAGGCGGAGCUUCUGUCUGGCAGCGAGGACGGCGCCGUAAGGAUGUGGGACUGCAGGACGGGGCAGAGCGUCCACUGCAUCGAGGUUCAUAAGUACGAGAGCUGCGCCAGGCCUCAGCACGGGAAGUGGAUCAGCUGCCUGACCACGGACUCUGAUUGGAUGCUGUGCGGCGGCGGCCCGUCUCUGUCCCUGUGGCAUCUGCGCUCGCUGUCGCCGACCUCGGUGUUCCCGUUGAGCGGCUGCCAGCGCCGGGCCGCCUUCCACCAGGACAUGAUACUCGCUGUGGGCGACGGUGCCUUCGUCUCCCACUGCCUUCUGGGAGGAGAGGUCAAAGGUCAGAUCCCGUGCACGCCACCGAGCCUCAACACGUUGCAGCUGAACACAAAGAGCUCUGAGCACCGGGUGCUGACGGUCGGCGGCGGCAGCAGCAAGAUCGACGUCUUCACCAACCUGUCCUACAGAGCCUUCUCCCUCAGCUUUUGACCAGAACCAGGACCGGAUCGGAACCAGAAUCAGGACGAACUCUAAAUAAAAUCCAGUCUUUGUUGCAAUUCA